AUGUCUUCGAAUCAAGCAGCCGCUGCGGGGACGGCCGCCGCGCCUGUCAAGAUCUCCACCGCCGAAGGUUUCGUGACAGGUGCCUUGGCCGCCAUGACGGCAGUGACCGUCACUAAUCCCAUGGAGGUCUGCAAGACUCGCAUGCAGCUCCAAGGCGAACUCAUGUCGGCAGCACCCCGCGUGCUCAGUGCACAAGCCGGCUCCGCAGCACCACAGGCCGGUGCACAGGCUGCUGCAGGUGCACGCCUCUACACCUCCUCGCUAGACUGCUUUGCAAAGACGCUCAAGUCGGAAGGCAUCAAGGGCGUGCAGAGAGGUAUCGGUGCUGCGUACGUGUACCAGUUGCUGCUCAACGGCAGUCGUCUCGGGUUCUACGAGCCUUUCCGCAAGACCAUCAAUCGUGCAGCAGGCAAGCGCCCGGAGGAGCAGUGGGCGGCGGGUGCGUUUGCGGCGGGUGCGUCGAGUGGAUGUGUCGGUGCCAUCCUCGGCAACCCGCUCUUCCUGAUCAAGGCUCGACUUCAGGCGUAUAGUCCGCACGUUGUAAUCGGCAAGGCAUCGCACAACUACAAGAGCACCGUCGAUGGUUUGGUCAAGAUCGUCAAGAGCGAAGGCCUUCGAGGUCUGGCGAGGGGUAUGGACGCUGCCGUGCUGCGUACCGCCAUGGGAAGCACGGUGCAGCUGCCGGCGUACACCUGGUUCAAGAGCUACCUCACUAGCAUGGACGUCGACGCCAACCCAUACAACCCGCUCAAGUUCAUCGCCAACAAGCCCAACUCGUUCUUCACCUACUUUGCCUCGUCUGUAUUCAGUGGUCUCUGCGUAUGUGCCGUGAUGCAGCCAGCGGAUACUGCCUUGACACGCAUGUACAAUCAGCCGGUGCGAAUCGACGAGCGCGGCCGCAGUGUGGGCACACUCUACCGCAACCCCUUCCACUGCCUCUACCUCACUGCAAAGGCGGAAGGCGUGUUGGGCUGGUACAAGGGCACCACCGCGCAUCUCUUCCGCAUCGCACCGCACACCGUCUUGACCCUGGUCGUCAACGAGGCUUACUUGCGGUGGUACACCAACUGGAAGGCUGGACGCUCGCUGUUGGACGCACCCGUCGUCAAGACUACAUAA